AUGCUCACUGGAGAUGAACUUUGCAAUUCUAAAGUCUGUGAGAAAUCCUUAAAUUUGUGUUCCAGCAUUGCUCAAGUUCAGGGACUCCACGCUGCAAGGGAACAGGAUACCCAGGGAGAAUAUCAUGAACGUCUUGACACUACAUAUAAUAUUUUGCAACAACCAAACUACAUUGGAGAGAAACGAUACCAGUGUUGGAAAUGCAGGAAAUCCUUCAGUACUGCCUCGUAUCUCACUGUGCAUCAGAGAAUUCACACAGGAGAGAAGCCUUACACAUGUAAAGAUUGUAAUAAAUCCUUUAUUAUGAAGUCAAGUCUUACAAAACAUGAGAGAAUUCAUACUGGAGAGAAGCCUUACACAUGUAAGGACUGCAACAAAUCUUUUAAUGUGAGUUCAAAUCUUACACUGCAUAAAAGAAUUCAUGCAGGAAAGAAGCCCUACAAAUGUAAGGACUGUGCCAAAUCCUUCACUACAAGGUCAAGUCUUACACUGCAUCAGAGAAGACAUACAGGAGAAAAGCCUUACACAUGUAAGGACUGUGAGAAAUCCUUUGCUGUGAAUUCAACUCUUACACAACAUCAGAGAAUCCAUACAGGAGAGAAGCCUUACAAAUGCCAGGAAUGUGGCAAAUCAUUUACAACACGCACAUAUCUUAGAGAACAUCAAAAAAUUCAUACUGGAGAGAAAUCUUAUACAUGUGAGGAAUGUAGCAAAUCUUUUACUACAUGCUCAUAUCUUAGAAAACAUAAGAAAAUUCAUACUGGAGAGAAACCUUACAAAUGUAGAGAAUGUGACAUGUCCUUUGUCCAGAGUUCAAAUCUUAGAAAACAUCAGAGAAUCCAUACUGGAAAGAAACAGUAAAGAAA